AGCCCCGCCCUCCCCUCCUCCCCUCCCGGUGCCCGGCCGGCCUGUGCAGCGAGCCUGUCAGCCAUCGCCCGAGCUGCGGGCAUCUCCUCCCGCCCAGCACUGCCUCCGCGCGGGGAUCCGGGAUUGCCGGGCCGCGGACGCUGCCAGCUUGAGUUCUUUUUGGAAGCGGAUAACUGCUCAGACAGUAAGAAUUAUAAGAGCUCUGAGAGCUUAUUUUGAAAGAAUAAUGGAUGAACCAUCUCCCUUGGCCAAACCUCUGGAGCUGAACCAGCAUUCUCGAUUCAUAAUUGGUUCUGUGUCUGAAGAUAACUCAGAAGAUGAAAUCAGCAACCUGGUGAAGCUGGACCUCCUGGAAGAGAAGGAGGGCUCUUUGUCACCAGCUUCUGUCAGCUCAGAUACACUUUCUGAUUUGGGGAUCUCUAGCUUACAGGAUGGCUUGGCCUUACACAUAAGGUCUAGCAUGUCUGGCUUGCACCUAGUAAAACAAUGUCGAGACCGAAAGAAAGUAGACUCACAGCGAGAUUUCACUGUGGCUUCUCCUGCAGAAUUUGUUACUCGUUUUGGGGGGAAUAAAGUGAUUGAGAAGGUUCUUAUUGCUAAUAAUGGCAUUGCAGCAGUGAAAUGCAUGCGAUCCAUUCGCCGGUGGUCUUAUGAAAUGUUUCGAAAUGAGCGUGCAAUUCGAUUUGUUGUCAUGGUCACACCUGAAGACCUUAAAGCCAAUGCAGAAUACAUUAAGAUGGCGGAUCACUAUGUACCAGUGCCUGGAGGACCAAACAACAACAACUAUGCAAAUGUGGAAUUAAUUCUUGAUAUUGCCAAAAGGAUCCCGGUACAAGCAGUAUGGGCUGGCUGGGGUCAUGCUUCUGAGAACCCCAAGCUCCCGGAGCUUCUCUUAAAAAAUGGCAUCGCCUUCAUGGGUCCUCCAAGCCAGGCCAUGUGGGCUUUGGGGGAUAAGAUUGCAUCUUCCAUAGUGGCUCAAACUGCAGGUAUCCCAACUCUUCCCUGGAGUGGCAGUGGUCUUCGUGUGGACUGGCAGGAAAAUGAUUUUUCAAAACGUAUCUUAAAUGUUCCACAGGAACUGUAUGAAAAAGGUUAUGUGAAGGAUGUGGAUGAUGGGCUGAAGGCAGCAGAGGAAGUUGGAUAUCCAGUAAUGAUCAAAGCCUCAGAAGGAGGAGGAGGAAAGGGAAUCAGAAAAGUCAACAAUGCAGAUGACUUCCCUAACCUCUUCAGACAGGUUCAAGCUGAAGUCCCUGGAUCACCUAUAUUUGUGAUGAGACUAGCCAAACAAUCUCGUCAUCUGGAGGUACAGAUCCUAGCAGAUCAAUAUGGCAAUGCCAUCUCUUUGUUYGGCCGUGACUGCUCUGUACAGCGCAGGCAUCAGAAGAUUAUUGAAGAGGCACCUGCUGCUAUUGCUACUCCAGCAGUAUUUGAACAUAUGGAACAGUGUGCGGUGAAACUUGCCAAAAUGGUUGGUUAUGUGAGUGCUGGGACUGUGGAAUACCUGUACAGCCAGGAUGGCAGCUUUUACUUUCUUGAACUGAACCCUCGGCUACAGGUGGAGCACCCUUGUACAGAGAUGGUGGCUGAUGUCAAUCUCCCUGCAGCACAACUCCAGAUUGCCAUGGGGAUCCCUCUGUUUAGAAUCAAGGAUAUCCGUAUGAUGUAUGGGGUAUCUCCCUGGGGUGAUGCUCCCAUUGAUUUUGAGAAUUCUGCUCAUGUUCCUUGCCCAAGGGGCCAUGUUAUUGCUGCUCGGAUCACAAGUGAAAAUCCAGAUGAGGGUUUUAAGCCCAGCUCAGGAACAGUUCAGGAACUAAAUUUUCGCAGCAAUAAGAAUGUUUGGGGUUAUUUCAGUGUUGCUGCUGCAGGGGGGCUUCAUGAAUUUGCUGAUUCUCAGUUUGGUCACUGCUUUUCCUGGGGAGAAAACAGAGAAGAAGCAAUUUCAAAUAUGGUUGUGGCUUUGAAGGAGCUAUCUAUUCGGGGUGACUUUCGAACUACAGUUGAAUACCUGAUCAAACUGUUAGAGACUGAAAGCUUUCAAUUGAAUAGAAUUGACACUGGUUGGCUGGACAGACUGAUAGCAGAAAAAGUACAGGCGGAGCGACCUGACACUAUGUUGGGAGUUGUGUGUGGGGCUCUUCACGUGGCAGAUGUGAGCCUUCGAAAUAGCAUCUCUAACUUCCUUCACUCCUUAGAAAGGGGUCAAGUCCUUCCUGCUCAUACACUUCUGAACACGGUAGAUGUUGAGCUUAUCUAUGAAGGAGUCAAAUAUGUACUUAAGGUGACUCGACAGUCUCCCAACUCCUAUGUGGUGAUCAUGAAUGGCUCAUGUGUGGAAGUAGAUGUGCAUCGGUUGAGUGACGGAGGACUGCUUUUGUCCUAUGAUGGUAGUAGUUAUACUACGUACAUGAAGGAAGAAGUAGAUAGAUAUCGAAUCACGAUUGGCAAUAAAACCUGUGUAUUUGAGAAGGAAAUUGACCCAUCUGUGAUGCGCUCACCAUCUGCUGGGAAGUUAAUCCAGUACAUUGUGGAGGAUGGAGGCCAUGUGUUUGCUGGCCAGUGCUAUGCUGAGAUUGAGGUGAUGAAGAUGGUGAUGACCUUAACAGCUGCAGAAUCUGGCUGUAUUCAUUAUGUCAAGCGACCUGGAGCAGCUCUUGAUCCCGGCUGUGUAAUAGCCAAAAUGCAGUUGGACAACCCCAGCAAGGUUCAGCAGGCUGAACUUCACACGGGUAGUCUGCCACAGAUCCAGAGCACAGCACUCAGAGGCGAGAAGCUCCAUCGAGUGUUCCACUAUGUCCUGGAUAAUCUGGUCAAUGUAAUGAAUGGAUACUGCCUUCCAGAUCCUUUCUUUAGCAGCAGGGUGAAAGACUGGGUAGAGCGGUUGAUGAAGACCCUUAGAGAUCCCUCUCUGCCUCUUCUAGAAUUGCAGGAUAUCAUGACCAGUGUCUCUGGUCGUAUUCCCCUCAAUGUGGAGAAGUCUAUCAAGAAGGAAAUGGCUCAGUAUGCUAGCAACAUCACAUCAGUCCUCUGUCAGUUUCCCAGCCAGCAGAUUGCCAACAUCCUAGAUAGUCAUGCAGCUACAUUGAAUCGGAAAUCUGAACGAGAAGUCUUCUUUAUGAACACUCAGAGCAUUGUCCAACUGGUACAAAGGUACCGAAGUGGCAUCCGAGGCCACAUGAAGGCUGUGGUGAUGGAUCUGCUCCGGCAGUAUCUUCGAGUAGAGACACAAUUCCAGAAUGGUCACUAUGACAAAUGUGUGUUCGCCCUUCGGGAAGAGAACAAAAGUGACAUGAACACUGUAUUGAACUACAUUUUCUCUCAUGCUCAAGUCACCAAGAAGAAUCUUCUGGUCACAAUGCUUAUUGAUCAGUUGUGUGGUCGGGACCCUACUCUCACUGAUGAGCUGCUGAAUAUCCUCACAGAGUUAACUCAACUGAGUAAGACCACCAAUGCUAAAGUAGCACUUCGGGCACGCCAGGUUCUUAUUGCCUCCCAUUUGCCAUCAUAUGAACUUCGCCAUAACCAAGUAGAGUCUAUCUUCUUAUCGGCUAUUGACAUGUAUGGACAUCAGUUUUGCAUCGAGAACCUGCAGAAACUCAUCCUAUCUGAAACAUCUAUUUUUGAUGUCCUACCAAACUUCUUCUAUCAUAGCAACCAGGUAGUGAGGAUGGCAGCUCUGGAGGUGUAUGUUCGAAGGGCUUACAUUGCCUAUGAACUUAACAGCGUACAACACCGCCAGCUUAAGGACAACACCUGUGUGGUGGAGUUUCAGUUCAUGCUGCCCACAUCACAUCCAAACAGAGGGAACAUCCCCACGCUAAACAGAAUGUCCUUCUCCUCCAACCUCAACCACUAUGGCAUGACUCAUGUAGCUAGUGUCAGCGAUGUGCUGUUGGACAACUCUUUCACACCACCAUGUCAGCGGAUGGGUGGAAUGGUCUCUUUUCGGACUUUUGAAGAUUUUGUCAGAAUAUUUGAUGACGUGAUGGGCUGCUUCUCCGACUCCCCACCCCAAAGCCCCACAUUCCCAGAGGCAGGCCAUACAUCUCUAUAUGAUGAAGACAAGGUCCCCAGGGAUGAACCAAUUCACAUUCUGAAUGUGGCUAUCAAGACUGAUGGUGAUAUUGAGGACGACAGGCUGGCAGCAAUGUUCAGAGAGUUUACGCAACAAAAUAAAGCUACCUUGGUUGAACAUGGAAUCCGACGCCUUACUUUUCUSGUUGCUCAAAAGGAUUUUAGAAAGCAGGUCAACUGUGAAGUGGAUCAGAGAUUUCAUAGAGAAUUCCCUAAGUUUUUCACAUUCCGAGCAAGGGAUAAGUUUGAGGAGGACCGAAUCUAUCGUCACCUGGAACCUGCUCUAGCUUUCCAGUUAGAGCUGAACCGGAUGAGAAAUUUUGACCUCACUGCCAUUCCAUGUGCUAACCACAAGAUGCACCUAUAUCUUGGGGCAGCUAAGGUAGAAGUUGGCACAGAAGUGACAGAUUACAGGUUCUUUGUUCGUGCAAUCAUCAGACAUUCCGAUCUGGUCACCAAGGAAGCAUCUUUUGAGUAUCUACAAAAUGAAGGGGAACGUUUGCUCCUGGAAGCCAUGGAUGAGUUGGAAGUUGCUUUUAACAAUACAAAUGUUCGCACAGACUGUAACCACAUCUUCCUCAACUUUGUGCCCACAGUCAUCAUGGACCCGUCAAAGAUUGAGGAAUCUGUGCGGAGCAUGGUAAUGCGCUAUGGAAGUCGGCUGUGGAAAUUGCGCGUCCUCCAGGCAGAACUGAAAAUCAACAUUCGCCUGACACCAACUGGAAAAGCAAUUCCCAUCCGCCUCUUCCUGACAAACGAAUCUGGCUAUUACUUGGACAUCAGCCUAUACAAGGAAGUGACUGACUCCAGGACAGCACAGAUCAUGUUUCAGGCAUAUGGAGACAAACAGGGACCACUGCAUGGAAUGUUAAUCAAUACUCCAUAUGUGACCAAAGACCUGCUUCAAUCAAAGAGRUUUCAGGCUCAGUCCUUAGGAACAACAUAUAUUUAUGAUAUCCCAGAGAUGUUUCGGCAGUCCCUGAUCAAACUCUGGGAGUCCAUGUCCACUCAAGCAUUCCUCCCUUCACCUCCUCUGCCUUCUGACAUGCUGACGUAUACUGAACUGGUGUUGGAUGAUCAAGGUCAGCUGGUCCACAUGAACAGGCUUCCAGGAGGAAAUGAGAUUGGCAUGGUAGCUUGGAAAAUGAGCCUUAAAAGUCCUGAAUAUCCAGAAGGCAGGGAUAUUAUUGUUAUUGGCAAUGACAUUACAUACCGAAUUGGGUCCUUUGGGCCCCAGGAGGACUUGCUAUUUCUAAGAGCUUCUGAACUUGCCAGGGCAGAGGGUAUCCCACGCAUCUUUGUAGCAGCCAAUAGUGGAGCAAGAAUUGGACUGGCAGAAGAAAUUCGUCAUAUGUUUCAUGUGGCCUGGGUAGACCCUGAGGAUCCUUAUAAGGGAUACAAGUAUUUAUAUCUGACCCCUCAAGAUUAUAAGAGAGUCAGUGCUCUCAACUCUGUCCAUUGUGAACAUGUGGAGGAUGAAGGAGAAUCCAGGUAUAAGAUAACAGAUAUUAUUGGGAAAGAAGAGGGACUUGGAGCAGAGAACCUUCGAGGAUCUGGAAUGAUUGCUGGAGAAUCCUCAUUGGCCUACGAUGAGAUCAUCACCAUCAGCCUGGUGACAUGCCGGGCCAUUGGGAUUGGUGCUUAUCUUGUACGGCUGGGACAGAGAACCAUCCAGGUUGAGAAUUCUCACUUAAUUCUGACAGGAGCUAGUGCCCUCAACAAAGUCCUUGGACGGGAAGUUUACACCUCCAAUAACCAGCUUGGGGGCAUCCAGAUCAUGCACAACAACGGGGUAACCCACUGUACCGUUUGUGAUGACUUUGAAGGAGUUUUCACUGUCCUGCACUGGCUGUCAUACAUGCCCAAGAGCGUGCACAGUUCAGUUCCUCUCCUGAACUCCAAGGAUCCUAUAGAUAGAAUCAUUGAGUUUGUUCCCACAAAGGCUCCAUAUGAUCCUCGAUGGAUGUUAGCAGGUCGUCCUCACCCAACCCAGAAAGGUCAGUGGUUGAGUGGAUUUUUUGACUAUGGAUCUUUCUCAGAGAUUAUGCAGCCGUGGGCACAGACUGUGGUGGUUGGUAGAGCCAGGCUAGGAGGAAUACCUGUGGGAGUAGUUGCCGUAGAAACUCGAACAGUAGAACUAAGUAUCCCAGCUGAUCCUGCAAACCUGGAUUCUGAAGCCAAGAUAAUUCAGCAAGCUGGCCAGGUUUGGUUCCCAGAUUCUGCGUUUAAGACCUAUCAGGCUAUCAAGGACUUCAACCGCGAAGGGCUGCCCUUGAUGGUCUUUGCCAACUGGAGAGGCUUCUCUGGUGGAAUGAAAGAUAUGUAUGAUCAAGUGCUGAAGUUUGGUGCUUACAUCGUGGACAGCUUGCGGGAGUGCUCCCAACCUGUGAUGGUUUACAUUCCUCCCCAGGCCGAGCUGCGGGGUGGCUCUUGGGUUGUGAUUGACCCCACCAUCAACCCCCGGCACAUGGAGAUGUAUGCUGACCGAGAAAGCAGGGGAUCUGUUCUGGAGCCAGAAGGGACAGUAGAAAUCAAAUUCCGCAAAAAGGAUCUGGUGAAAACCAUGCGUAGGGUGGACCCAGUCUACAUCCGCUUGGCUGAGCGAUUGGGCACCCCCGAGCUAAGCCCAGCUGAGCGGAAGGAGCUGGAAAACAAGCUGAAGGAGCGGGAGGAAUUCCUGAUUCCCAUUUACCACCAGGUAGCCGUGCAGUUUGCUGACUUGCAYGACACACCAGGCCGGAUGCAGGAGAAGGGUGUUAUUAACGACAUCCUGGAUUGGAAAACAUCCCGAACCUUCUUUUACUGGCGGCUGAGACGUCUCCUGCUGGAGGACCUGGUCAAGAAGAAAAUCCACAAUGCCAACCCUGAGCUAACCGAUGGCCAGAUUCAGGCCAUGUUAAGGCGUUGGUUUGUGGAAGUAGAAGGAACAGUGAAGGCCUAUGUAUGGGACAAUAAUAAGGACCUGGUGGAAUGGCUGGAGAAACAACUGACAGAAGAAGAUGGUGUUCGGUCAGUGAUAGAGGAGAACAUCAAAUACAUCAGCAGAGACUACGUGCUCAAGCAGAUCCGCAGCUUGGUACAGGCCAAUCCCGAGGUUGCCAUGGAUUCCAUCGUCCACAUGACCCAGCACAUCUCACCCACUCAGCGAGCAGAAGUCGUACGGAUCCUCUCCACGAUGGAUUCCCCUUCCACGUAGGAAGAGCUUCCUGCCCAUCCCUGCCCUGCCUCUGGAGAAAAGGGCUACAGCUGCCUCUUACAACUGAAUCCACUGUAAUGAGAAGGCACAGGAGACCCAGCACUGGAGACAGAGUGGCAUUUUGCUUUCCCUUGAAUGUUUCAGGUUAUGCAUGACAUCUGGGAUAUAGGAUCACAAAGCCCAAUCACAACCACCCCGCCGUUCAGUAUUUAUUACCCCAGCUGUAUCAACAGUCCUCUCUCCCUACACAGGACUCGGAAGGCAAUGAAGGGUACAGCAGGUACCAUGAGCUCUUACUACACUGCCCCGACAGCCCCUUGACCCCGGCACAGGGAUGUGUGAGGAGUUUUCAGGCAGUUAGCAGUCCCCCGGCCUCAUGAGCCUCAGCCACAGGCAGCAGAGGAGGGCUGGGGCCCAGGAGAGAAGGAAACCUCAAGUCCAUUGUUUAUCACCCCACAUUCUGCCCAGCACACAGUAGGCACUGGAGAGGAACCAGUCCCCACUUAACUACACCAAGAUUUCUGCUUAUGGAGAAAGGCCAGAGCCUAAAAUUGCUGCAAGCUCUAUCAGAACUCAAAGAUGAGGGGAAACCAUGACCCAAGAGCAAAAGAAAAUAGACCAGGUUGUGAUUCUUAACCUAAGAUUGAGGCCCCUAAAUUAACUUUUCUUAGUAUACAUGGAUGGUGGCUGACCUGCC